AGACACUUCAGUUUAUCUGUUCCUCCAAGGCUCCAGCUCCUGAGUACAAGCAAAAUCAAAUGGCUCGUCUGGUAUUCCCUCUACAAUCCUUGUCUUCGUCCUUACCGAACCCACGGCUUCUUAAAGACAACUCCACGCCCUCCCUCCUCUGCAACGGGCUGAUCUUUCCAAGGUGGUUUAAAGGGCAAGAAGGCUAUCCUAAGAAAGCCGGUUUCUAUGUACUUAAGUGUGGAGUUACUAAGGCGAAGGAAUCUUCUUCGACAAAAUCUGCUCCAUUUAUUAGUGAACCACACAAGUACUUUGAUCAGGUUGUCAUCACAGUUCGUUCUGGAGAUGGAGGCCAUGGUGCCAUUCUUAGUAUGCCUAUGCCUAACCAAAAGACUCCUUCCAAGUCAUCUAAGAAACAUGACCAGGACAGAAAGAAGAGUUCGUACAAAAGGGAUUUUGAUGGGUCGCUUAUCCUGCCCAUGGGUGGUCAUGGAGGAGAUGUAAUCAUUUAUGCUGAUGAGGGAAAAGAUUCAUUAUUGGAAUUUCACAGGAAGAGUCGCUACAAUGCAAAGCGUGGGGGAAAUGUCGAUGCCAUGGGUAUGUUGACCUCUCAGCUGCACGAUGGACUCGCUGCUCCCACAUUGCGUAUUCCAGUGCCUGUAGGUACUGUCGUAAAACGCAAGCGAGGAAAGCUUUUGGCUGAUUUAGCACUUCCAGGUGAAGAAAUUCUAAUUAUGAAGGGUGGACAAGGAGGGAUUAGCUUGUUAGAGAUGCCUGAACAUAAAAGAAAACGAUUGAUGGCCUUAACAAGUAAUAUCAUGAGAGAUGACAAUGACAGGGUCUUAGUUCUUGGUCAACCUGGGGAGGAGGUUAGUCUGGAGCUGAUACUGAGAGUAGUUGCUGAUGUUGGUUUAGUGGGACUUCCAAAUGCUGGAAAAUCAACCCUUUUGGGUGCCAUCACACUAGCGAAACCUGAUAUUGCUGAUUAUCCAUUCACAACAUUAAUGCCAAACCUUGGACGCCUUGAUGGUGACCCUAGUUUAGGGGCAGGGAAGUAUACAUCUGAGGCAACAUUAGCUGAUUUGCCUGGUCUAAUUGAAGGUGCUCACCUGGGGAAGGGUCUUGGUCGGAAUUUUUUGAGACACUUGAGGAGGACUCGCCUAUUAGUCCAUGUUGUUGAUGCAGCUGCUGAGAAUCCUGUGAAAGAUUAUAGAACCGUUAAAGAAGAACUGCGGAUGUACAAUCCUGAAUACCUUGAACGGCCAUAUGUUGUGGUGUUAAAUAAGAUUGACCUCCCAGAGGCGAGUGAUAGGUUACCUUUUUUGAUUCAAGAGAUAUCAGCAAUUGGAUGCAAUGAGAUACCCUCAGAGCCAGAAAUUAGUAAUGAAAAAGUGGCUCAACUACUGCCCUUAGAUAGUGAACAUGCAACCACACCUUUGGUUUCCCCUAUUAGAGAUAAGAAGGAAAAAGAAAUUGAGGACUACCCACGUCCUCUAGCUGUUGUGGGUGUAAGCGUUCUUAAAGGCAUGAGGAUCAAUGAGAUGUUGAAGGAGAUUAGAGCAGCAUUAAGGAAGUGCCAAAGUUCUGACAAAGCAUUGGAACUGAGUAUGCAAUUAUGAAUAUAAAACUAUGAAAGCUCCAUGUAGAAAUGGUUUCAAAUUGGGCUGAUGCUAAGAGAUGAAGAGAUGGAGUAGCGAUCAGUUCUGGUGCAGGCAACCUAACAGCUCGUCAAGAGGCACACGGAACGGAUAAUGCAAGUCCAUAACUCAUGUCUUCAUUUUUGUGAAGCUUACAAUGAUUUGAGUUUGUGCAGAUAUCUUCCUGAAGCUGAUUGGCCCUCCUCCUAAACAGCAAAAUUAUUGACUUGCACAAGCUUAGUCCAUAUAUUAUUUCAAAUGCUGGAAUAGUUUUGUUUAUUUAAUAAGUAAGGGCAUGUGGUAUCCCCAGUUUUAAACAACCACUCCAAACAAACUAGUCUCCCUGAAGCUGAAAUUGUAUACCCAUCAAAAUUCACUGGCU